CGCGUCAGCCUCUGCAUGGCUGUGGCUCAGGCUUUCCCAAGGCGGGUCUCCCGACCCGGGGCCCUCGAGGGCCCAGGCCAGGCGCCUGGUGCCUGGCCCAUCCGGGAUGAGUGGGCUCUGCGGCUGUCAGGUGGGUCCCUGGGGCAAGGUCAAGCCUGCCGCCUCCUCAACUCUGCACCUCCAACUUCCUGGCAGCUGAGCCUGGUUUUCGAGGUGGUGUAUGCGCUGGGAAGGAGGAGCCCAGCGGCAUGGCCCGCCCCUCUAUCCCUGCGCAGGCGCCUGCCCCGCCCCCAACAGGCGCUUCCGGGCAGCAGAUUGGGGGCGCAAGGCUGGUCUCAGCUUUCCCAAAGGAUGGGGCAAAAAAAGAAACAGGCAGAGGCAGAGCAGCAGCAGAGCCCAACAGAUACAACCUGGAUGCCCUCCUCCAAGAAGUCUUGCUUGAGACCACCCUUAAUCCUGGGCUCCCAGUACAGCAUCUAUUUCUCUCAGAGUCCAAAGGCCCACUGUGCCAGGCUGGGGUCAGAGUUUUUUGACCAGCCAGCAGUCUCCCUGGCCCGGGCAUUUCUGGGACAGGUCCUUGUCCGGCGACUUGGUGAUGGCACAGAGCUCCGUGGCUGCAUUGUGGAGACUGAGGCAUACGUGGGACCGGAGGAUGAAGCUGCCCACUCGAGGGGUGGCCGGCAGACCCCCCGUAAUCGCAGUAUGUUCAUGAAGCCUGGGACCUUGUAUGUGUACCUCAUCUAUGGCAUGUACUUCUGCAUGAAUGUCUCUAGCCAAGGGGAUGGGGCUUGUGUCCUGCUUCGAGCACUAGAGCCUCUGGGGGGCCUGGAGACCAUGCGGCAGCUACGCAGCACCCUCCGGAAGGGUACCAUCAGCCGUGCCCUCAAGGACCGUGAGCUCUGCAGUGGCCCCUCCAAGCUGUGCCAGGCCCUGGCCAUUGACAAGAGCUUUGACCAGCGGGACCUGGCCCAGGAUGAGGCUGUGUGGCUAGAACGUGGCUCCCUGGAGCCCAGUGCAUCAGCUGUGGUAGCAGCAGCCCGCAUUGGCAUUGGCUGUGCAGGAGAAUGGGCUCAGAAGCCUCUUCGUUUCUAUAUCCGGGGCAGCCCCUGGGUGAGUGUGGUGGAUAAAGUUGCUGAGCAGGACACACAGGCCUGAGCAAAGUGCCUGCUUAGACAGCCUUUUUAAUUGUUUAAAAGCCAAAUAAAUGCUUUUUUUCUAUGAA